UUUACAAAAUGCUGUUCAUCUCUCAAUCGAAAAUCUCUGUUACUAACAGGGGAGAGAAUUGAGUGCCCGCGACUAAAGAUGUUAUAGAAAGAAGAGACAGAGGUGUCAAAAAAAAGCAAGAAGAAAGUUUUGAGAUAAAGUACAGACGUGGAAAAGAGAUCAAUUAUCGAGGAACUUAUUCGAAACCGGUAGCACUCGACUUAACUGAUAUCAGAGGGAGGACCACACCCAGGGAACAGACACCAGCCAAACAGACGUCUGGGAUAACUGCUGUAUAGAUCAUGGACCAGGACCAGUCAGAGAUUAGCAUUUUGGGAGGUUCGCCCAACGGGAAAGGUCAUGACCUAGCAGAUGACAUGUAUGUGCCUAUUAAGACCAUGCCGGAGGAAUUAGACACAAAUGGUGCCCCAAAUGUCAGGUUCGAUGAUCCCGAUGGCAUUGGGGAGUGUGAGGAGUUCUUGCCCCAUGGCGAUGGAAAGAAGCCCUUGCGCUUUACAGAUUUUGAGGGAAAGACGUCAUUUGGCAUGUCUGUAUUCAACCUGGGAAAUGCUAUCAUGGGCAGUGGAAUCCUGGGACUGGCUUAUGCCAUGGCCAACACUGGCAUCCUCCUCUUCCUGUUUCUCCUGACUGCCGUAGCCGCUCUCUCCUCCUACUCCAUUCACCUGCUGCUCAAAUCCUCUGGCAUUGUGGGAAUCAGAGCUUACGAACAGCUGGGCUACCGGGCCUUCGGAACCCCAGGCAAGAUGGCCGCCGGUAUUGCCAUCACACUGCAGAACAUCGGAGCCAUGUCAAGCUACCUGUACAUUGUCAAGUCUGAGUUCCCAUUGGUCAUCCAAGCUUUCUGCAGGGCGGACCCCACUGAUGAUUUAUGGUACCUGAAUGGGAACUACUUGGUAGUGAUUGUCUCAGUAAGCGUCAUCCUUCCUCUGGCCCUGAUGAAACAGCUGGGUUACCUGGGCUACACCAGUGGUUUCUCCCUUAGCUGCAUGGUCUUCUUUCUAAUUGCGGUGAUCUAUAAAAAGUUCCAGAUCCACUGUCCCUUUGAGGAGUACUCUGCAGCCAAUCACACACUGUCAACCCCGGACAGUUACCUGAACAUUACUGACAGCUACGCAACCCAUGAUAACGGCCUGGUGAACGAGGGGCUGGAUGACUCCCACUGUGAAACGCGCAUGUUCACCAUAAACUCGCAGACUGCGUACACCAUCCCCAUCCUGGCCUUUGCCUUUGUCUGUCAUCCAGAGGUUCUGCCCAUCUACACUGAGCUCCGCAACCCCACACAGAAGAGAAUGCAGCAUGUGUCCAACCUAUCCAUCCUUGUGAUGUACACCAUGUACUUCCUGGCUGCUCUCUUUGGCUAUUUGACCUUUUAUGGAAAGACUGAAUCAGAGUUGCUGCACACUUACAGCAAAAUCGACCCGUAUGACACGUUGAUCCUGUGCGUGCGAUUGGCUGUCCUCACCGCCGUCACCCUGACUGUGCCAAUCGUGCUCUUCCCAGUGCGGAGGGCCUUGAAUCAGAUGUUCUUCUCCAGUAAGUCGUUUAACUGGAUUCGUCACGUGGCCAUCGCCCUCGCCCUGCUCUCCUUCAUCAACAUGCUUGUCAUCUUCGCCCCCAACAUCCUGGGAAUCUUCGGCAUCAUCGGUGCCACGUCCGCCCCUUGUCUCAUCUUCAUCUUCCCUGCCGUCUUCUACAUCCGCAUCGUGCCCAAAGAACAGGAACCCAUGCGCUCCAGCCCUAAGAUACUGGCCGCCUGUUUCGCUGGUCUGGGGGUGGUCUUCAUGAUUAUGAGUUUGAGCUUCAUCAUCAUCGAUUGGACAAUGGGGAGCAGCAACUCCGGCGGUGGACACUAGAGGUCGCCCUCUGCCCUGUGGUCGGCAGGGGCUUCGAGGGAAUGCCUGGGAGAGGGUGUUUAGAUCUUGUCUGUGUGAUGCACUAUCCCCUCUAAGGGCCAAAGCCUAAUGGUCAGAGAGGAUAGGGGAUGUUGGUGGUGGGGUGGGGGGGGGGGCUGAAGGGGAAAUACUCUGAAAGAGAAGUUUACUACUUAUCGAGGCAAAAGCCCUUCAUUGUCACAGUGAGAAGCCCAGCACAGAGGAGGGUUUUUAAUAUAUAUCAUCAGGACUCAACAGGGACAUUUUUAAAGCGUCCUAAUAACAACAACAAAUGAUUAUAAUUAUUCAUAUUAUUCAUUCUUUUAUUAUUUAUGAGUGGGAUAGUGCAUCCAGUGAAUCCAUGAUGGAAAAUACUAUAGAAUCCUUUUUUCCUUCCUCCCACCCUGCCUCCAUCCUCCCAUCCUGCCUCCAUCCUCCCAUCCUGCCUCCAUCCUUCCAUCCUUAUUUAUCUCUUUUCAUCCGCCUGGUUCUGACCCCCCCUUUCAUGUGAACUGCGGCUAGUACUGUACAGAGUAAGACUGCACAGAUGGCGACACUUGAAUCUGUAAAAGAAGGAAAGCGCCCGACUCAAAGUGAUAGGGAAUAGUCAUAUAUAUUUCACGAGGGUAUUUUUGUACGAGAUUAUCUGUUAUGUUGUCUGUAGAAGAAAUGGCUACUACAUCUAUCGAUUAGGUGAGAGCUGUUCGCGUCUGAGGCUGUCUAGUUUUCUGGUCACGUGUUGUGUUCCAGCGGUACUCAAUGUAGCCGUCAAUGUGGUUGACAUAUUCGAAUGGACGAGCGCGUGCGCACGCACACACACACACACACGUACACACACACACAAAUUACUGCAUAUGGUCCCAUGCUUUCUGGCAAGAAGGAAGACAUUACCUUGUGUCGUUUUAUGUGCCAAAGCCAGUGGUGUUUAUGGUUGAUGUAUUAUGGUAAUGAACUCUUUCCGUGUCCCUGCUGCAUACAGUGAGAUAAAGGAGGAGUUGCUCAACCAACCACGCACAGGGCCUACACAGGAAACGGUCAUGUAUAUUUAUUUAACUAGCUUUAUCCAUGCUUUUUUUUAUUUCACAAGGUAAGCUAAUGGGCGUCAGAACAGAGUAUUUAACUGUGUGAUCAGAUGUCUUGAUUGACUUUGUAGGCGGUCUCUUAUAUUGUAUGAUUAUGCAUAUAGGAGGCAGUAGGUAGCAGUUCAAAGCUUGAAAGUGAGGUUGUGUGUGAUAAGCUGAUUAUGAAAAGCACGUACAGCUUUAUACAUUCUUGUUAGUUAGUUGAACAGCCAACGUCCUAGAUAAAGUAUAGACUGACUUUGUAAUGAAUUAAGCAUUAUUGAUGGUAUAUUAAUUAGAUGAGUCUUUUUAACACUACUAGCAACUAUCUGACCAAUAUUUCUUCAAUGAAGUUGUAAACCCUUCAGUCUAAAUUCAGUACAAUGCAAGAAUACCUUUUAAAUAUCUACAGGGGUGUAGCUAAUUGGUUUUGGCAUAAUAAAAAUGGAGGGAUUUUUUUUUUAUGGGGUUAUGCCCUAAGGUCCGCCAUUGUCAGUGAACUAGUUAUGUUAUAUUUCAUAUCUUUUUCCCACUUGUUUUGUGAUUGAUCUCAUGGUGAACGUUUUAAGUAAAGAACAGCAGGUGUCUGUCACCUGUCCAGUCUUGCUUGAUGAAUUUAGCACGACAGUCAUGUUGACAUAGUCCAUGCUAAAUAUGUUAAUGUGUGGGCUGUAUUUCCAAAACACACGCGGCUAACUCGUAAUGUGUCUCUUACACCGAGGUCCUAUCAAUCUAAAACUGAAAUACCAUUGUAAAAAGAUUGUUAUAACAAUGAUAAAUGUUAGAAAUCCUCUAAUAUAACUGUUUAAGACCUGUUAUAACUGAACCAGUGACUGUACCUAACCUGUUCAAAUGAUUCAACCAAUGUAAAGGUUAUACUCACAAAGUGGUGUUAACUUGUUUUGUGGUGGUCAUUUUUUGCUAAUCUCAAGUCUAUUUUAAGACAAUAUUGUUAUUUUUUAUUUUAUUGUUAUACACUGCAGCCAAUAUCGCUUUAUCUUUUGUGUUCAUUCAUUGAGUUAAUUUCUAAUUGAGAGAAUGUUGUUAAGCUGUCUGUUUAUUUUACUCAUCAAAGGCUACAGCGUUAGCACAUGCCUCUGCCUCAGCCCAGUGUUUAUUUCUGAGGGAGUGGCUGUGGUAUAAAGACAUCUGGUCAAGAUAAGCAAUUAGACAAGGCAAGGCAAUAGACCUGGUAUGGACUACAACAGUGUGUAUCUGGGAUUUUUUCUUCAUGGUACCCAAAUUAUAUCUAUCUGCUGUUGGGUUGAAGGAAAAUAACCAAAACCCCCAGACACGUAUUGUUACUUGCUGAUAUUGACUGGUAUUAUUCAAGAUUUAUUAGGCUCUUCUGUCUGGGAUGGUGCAUAUAUAUAUUAUAUAUUAUAAUAUAUAUAUUAUAUAUAUAGCUACUAUGUAAUGUAAAGUGCAACAUCUCAGAGAGGUUCAACUUUCUUACACUUUAGAAAUUUGCCACCCACAUUUUUACAUUAGGGCAGCAUAGUGUACUUGGCCUCUUUCUCUUUUACCCAAACCAAAUGAUGUCAGACAGUUAACAUGUCGUUACAGCUGUUGUUUGACCAUAAGGAAAUAAAAGGACUAUGAGUGGAUAACAAAUUAUAAAUGAAUGCUGAGUUUAUAAGGUGGCUUAUAUAAAUAAUGUAUAUAAAUGUAAACCCUUUAUAUUCAUGAUGCACAUUUAGCUUGUAUAGUGUAAAUAGCACAGACAGUUUUAGUCUGACAAUUAAAAACACAUUUAGACAUUUUUA